CUCUUACAGGUGACACAGCUGGAAAGUCUGUCCUGCUUUGAUGGCAUCACCACUUGUGCCACUCACCCAGACCAACGCCCCCAGGACUCCGAAAUGCCUCCAGAACGCAGCAGCGCUGGGAUGCGCUGUGGGAAGUGGGAGUCACAGCAGAUACAAUGGAAAUCAAAGGGGGGACAUUGUGAAAUGACCUGUCCUGGCCUUCCACUGAGGCUCGAGACAAAGCUGGGCUCCAGAAGGAUCUCUCUGGAUCAGUGACUUUGGCAUCUGCACUUCAGGAUUUGUUUGCGCCUUCCAAGCAGGCGCGGGAGAGCAGGACCCCAAUCCGAGGGACACGGCUCACCUCACCAGAGCUGGGAGAAGUGGGAAGGGAAGCUGACAGGGUAUUAAAUGACUCUCGAGUCAGGUGGGGAUGGAUCACCACACCCUGUCACAGCCAGGACACGGUGCCUCGGCAGGGACGCGGCUGCGCUGAAGAGACCGUCGGAUCUUCCUUUGAAUCAUGAGGGAAUUCAGAAGUGGCUUUGAGGGUCUAAAGGGAAGAAGAAAAGAGAGAAAGAAAAAAGGAGGUGAGUGUAAGAAGUUGGGUGUUUCUAUAGCAGCAGCAGCAGCACCCCGUGCUCAGCGCCGCGAGCAGGUGGGAGCGCCCGUCACUCAGCACAGCGUGGUGACGGAGCUGGCAGCCGCCUGAUAAGAGCUGCUGCCUCCACGGCUGGGGUCCCACCAGCUCUGGGGAUGGAUCCCUUCCCUGGGAAGCUGCUGGAGAUGGGGGAGGAGGAAAGCAUGGGCUCAGGGAGCCUCGGAGAGUGGGGGGAGGCAGUGCCGGGCAGCACCAAGGGGACAAAACCCUGGGUUCCUGUGGCAUUUCCCACCUGAGGGGCUGUUCUGGAGCAAGAGGCUCUUCUCCCAAAGAGUUGAAUGCCAGGAGAUGGUGAUGGGCAUGGAGGCCAGGGGGAAAGGGGCAGGUGGGGGCUCUGUGCUCCCCCACGAGGCAGUGGGUGACAGGAGCUCCAGGGGCAGCGGGACUGGGACAGAGCAGCCAGAACAAACCUUCCUGCGCCCAGCGGAGUGUCCCGAGGACAGGAACUGAGAGAGCUGGUGCCGAGUCAAGAGAGCAGCUGAGAAAACACAUUAAUGCACCAUAAAGAAUGUCUUUGCUUCCCAAUGAUCUUUUUUAUUACUAUUAUUUAUUCAUUUAUACGCCACUGCCUUGCUUUUUUUUUCCUUUUCUUUUUUCUUCUCCUUUUUUUCUCCUCUCUCAGCUCUUUCAGUGCCUCAUACCACCCUCUCCACCCCUGGAGACUGCAUUCAAACACUGUCUGAUGCUGAGGGCUGUCUGGGGGGGUCCGGGGCCAUCAGCAUGCCUGGCACACGCCGAGCCCAGCCAGCAGACCAGCGCUGGGCCCGGCCACGGCUCCUCCAGCCUCCAAAUAUUUGGAUUCUAAAAAGGCUGGGAUAGAAACACCAAGAAAAAUAAAUAUUUUACAAACACAGUAACCGAAAACCUAAACAGGAACCCGCCGCCUCUCUCUGCCCAGGGCACGCUACUGAAGCGGAGCUUGGAUGUCACAGCUGCGGCACUGACACUUUAUUUCCUUACAGAGGAAUGUUCUGUGGCUGCAGCAUCGCAUCAGGCCACUCUCAUGGAGUCUGGGAAUGAAUAGAACCUGUCUCGGGAUGCUGGGCAGCUCCUGGGCUGGGAACGUCCCCCUGCUCCCCUGGGGGCUCUGGGCACAGCUCAGGAAAUCAAAUCCUUCCUCCUUCACACCCCGGGAAGGUACGAGGGGAGCCUGGACCUGGCCAGGCUGUGGAGAUGAAGGAUGAGGGGGGAAUGUUCAUUGCCCCAGGAGUCAUGUGGGGAGCCCAGACCUGGCCAAGCACAAGGGGAGAAUCCCUGCUCAGGGCAAGUGGACUCAGGGGUGGGAUGCAGUGCUGGCUGGAAGAGACAGGACCACAAAGGCCUGGACAGGGGGUGAGGCAGGGCCUGGAGACCCUCCCCAUUACCUUAAAAGCACAGGGACUCCAAAGCCCUCCACUGCCCUCACUGGCCCAAGGGCCUGUGCUGGUGGCUGGAGGCACCUCCUGUGCCAAGCUGGUCUCUGUUCAGCAUGGGAGAUGCUCCCUCCAGGCUCAAACAGUCACCAUCCCACUCCUGACACUGUGAGUGCCACCAGCUGGGACCAUUCCCCUCGGGAAGCCGCUGAGCCCUUUCAGUCAGCAGUUUUUUGGCUCCAGUUCAUGGUCUCCACAGACCAAAGGAGACCUUGCCCCUUUGACUCAUUAUUUAGGGGUCCCUCAGGACCCAGAGACAGAGAUCCCUCUCUGGGAGAGGAGGAGGAGGAGGGUAAUGGUCCUAAAGCAAAGAGGAACAAGAUGUUCCAGUGUGUGGUGCUGUGGUCGCUGGCUCAGCUCAGCUGCGGGACUGGUCACAGAGGGCCACCAUCAUGGCACGACUGUCCCUGGUCCCUCCAAAUCGUUCCCCUUGCAGAGCUGUGGGGGAGUGAAUGAGCACGAGGGGCUUUGGGGGCCUCAGCCCUGGACACAGGAUAGGACCGACCCUCAGGGUCCUCCUGCUGCCCCUCCAGCCUCCCACCCGUGCCCAGGCACCUGGGCUCGCACCCACCCGCUGUGCCCACUCCCUGCUCCGGCUUUGGGGAGGGCUCCGUGUGCGUGGGGCUCUCUGGGGUGGUGGUGGAGCCUUUUUGUUGUGGUUGUUAUUUUUAAUCUGUGUAUUGUUCUGGAUUUGCGUCAGAGACAGCAGGUUGGAGAAACGUGCCUGGCUCUUGGAGCACAACGUGGCAAGGUUGGCAAUGCCCUCCAGCUCCACGAGAACACGCUGCCUCCAGCAGCCGCCGGAUCCGGCAGGGCCGGGCUGAGCCGCAGUGCUCAUCCCGAGGAUUGCAGCAGUUUUUAUUCACUGCUCGCUUUGAGCCCCAAAAGCCAGGCCCUGAGGAUGAGCAAGGUAGGGAAGAAGGGGCUCUCAGCACCAGAGCAAGCACAGGGUUUGGUCCUGUGGGGCUGCUCCAUGGUGGCAUCCAGCCGCCCCGUGGGACAGGAGCUCAUCCUACCCCUGGGCAUGAGGGAUCCCACAUCAUCCCACCCUCCACUGCACGGGGAGCUGCUGAAGAGCCAGGAAAGUCACAUCCUCCCCUGGAAGCCCAGAAGUCCCAGCCCAGGGAGCCUGGAGCACCCUGUGUGCACCAGACUCAGCAGGGUGAACCCAGCACCCUCCAAGCACAGAAGCAGCUCAGGUGGGCAAAAUUCCUCCCGACUGCCACUCUCCUGCUGGAUGGGAACAAACCCCAGAGAAGUCAGCAGGGGGGAGCUGCUGUGAGCCCCCAGGAGGGAGGGACAGCAAUGGUCCCAUGGGAGAGACACGAGGCUGGGACUGGGACCUGGUGACCUCUUUGUCACUGGAGCAGCGUUUGCCUUCUCCUUCCCCUCCUCACCCCAUCCCAUGGGAGCUGUGCCCCACUCGGGACAGGGGCUACUCCUGCCUCUCCCACCUGCGGGAAGAGCCCCCUGCUCACCUGCCCCUCCCUGGCAGGAACCUUCCUGCCUGGUGUUUGCAAGCCUCCAGGAAUGAGAAGGAAAACAUGCCAGGAUGUCACUGAAAGCACCAACUGUUCUCCUCGCAUGUAAAUGCUGCUGCUCUUUUGAGUUUAAAUGGCUUUAAUGGCGAGUUCAUCUGCUAAUUCCCCUCCUGCCCCUUGUGUAUUGUAUAUUAGGAGAAAUGUUGUUCUGUAUCCUGAGCAGUUUAUUUUAUCGAGUUUAAGAGAAAAUCCCAUA